AUCAGGAUCAGCAGCAUGACGGCCCGAAAAUCCGGCUCCCGGAUAGAGACAGAAAUAGAAAGAUGUCGCUCUGAGGGACAGUGGGAUAAAAUCCCUGAGCUCGUGCGCCAGCUUUCCGCUAAACUCAUUCAGACCGAUGAUGUAGGUGAGCUGUUAUUAGGUGAGAUGAAGCUGCAGCUGUUCCUGAAGGAGAACCCAUUGAAGCAGAACUGCAGCCCCCGAACAUCUCACCCUCCACUGAUUGAGGCUCGCUCACACCUCACUAACGCCCUACAGCGAGGAAACCUCCGGCCGGAGCUGCAGCAGGAGGCCAGUGCGCUGAUGGGAAAACUGUGUUAUGUGGAAGGGAACUACACUGAGGCACUAACAAACUUCAACCAAGUGAAUCUGGAUGAUAUGCAGCUGAGCAGCGCACCAAUCUACCGCCUGGCCAUGAUUGCUGAAGCCUACGCCACCAAGGGUUUGUGUCUGGAGAAGAUGUCCACCUCCUGUCCAGCAUCCAACACUGAGCGAGAUCAGGAGAUCAUCACCUGCUACGAGAAAUCUGGAGACAUCGCUCUUCUCUACCUCCAGGAAGCUGAGAAGGCUCUGAGCGUGGGAAUGCAGAACCGCAGUCCCAAACCUGGCCCAGUCUCUCAGGAACAGGAACUUGGCUUCUUUCUGGAGACAGGACUCCAACGUGCUCACGUUAUCCAUUUUAAGAACGGUAAUCUGACACGUGGUGUUGGACGGUUCCGAGAGAUUCUCCGUGCUGUGGAAACAAGAACCACGCAGAAUCUACGUAUGACUAUAGCACGUCAGCUGGCGGAGAUCCUGCUCAGAGGGAUGUGUGAACAGAGUUACUGGAGUCCACUGGAGGACCCUCCUGCACAGUCUCCACUCGAUGAACCACAGUGCACACACACACAUACCGAGUACACACUACCCCGCAGAGCACGCAUCUACAUAGGGGAGAAUUUAUUUUGUCCUCAGGAGAACACUGAAGAAGCUCUGCUGCUCUUACUGAUCAGUGAAUCUAUGGCUAACAGAGAUGCAGUGUUGAGUCGUAUACCUGAACACAGUGCUGAUCGGGUGUUGAGUCUGCAGAGUGCAUCUGUAGUGUAUGAUCUUCUCACCAUUGCUCUUGGACGCCGUGGACAAUAUGAGAUGCUCUCGGAGUGUUUGGAGAGAGCGAUGAAGUUUGCGUUUGAGGAAUUUCACCUGUGGUACCAGCUAGCACUCUCUCUGAUGGCAGCAGGAAAGUCUGCGCGGGCAGUGAAGGUGUUGAAGGAGUGUAUGCGUCUGAAGCCAGAUGAUCCCACCAUCCCUCUCCUAGCUGUGAAGCUGUGUAUAGGAAACCUUCACUGGCUGGAUGAGGGUGAGUGUUUUGCACAGAUGGUUGUAGACAUGCAGGAUAAAGUAGCAGAAUUCAGGGCAAAGGGUUACCUCGCACUCGGCCUCGUCUACAGUCUCAAAGCUACAGACGCGUCUUUGAGGAGUGUACAGGAGGAGUAUCAGAAGAAAGCUCUGGGAGCGUUUCAGAGAGCCCAGUCUCUUGCUCCUACAGAUCACCUGGCUGUGUUCUACCUAGCUCUGCAACUCGCAGUAUCUCGCCAGAUCCCUGAGGCACUGGGGUAUGUGCGUCAGGCUCUCCAGCUGCAGGGUGAUGAUGUUCAUUCGCUGCACCUCCUGGCUCUCCUGCUCUCUGCUCAGAAACACUACCAUGAUGCCCUCAACAUCAUUGAGAUGGCCCUUAGCGAGUACCCCGAGAACUUCAUGUUGCUCUUUACUAAAGUAAAGUUGGAGACAUUGUGUCGUGGUCCUGAAGAAGCUCUACUCACCUGUAAACACAUGCUGCAGAUCUGGAAGUCCUGCUACAACCUUACCAACCCCAGUGAUUCAGGGAGGGGCAGCAGUUUGUUGGACAGGGCCAUGGCUGAUCGGAGGCAACUGAAUGCCGUCACACUCCCAGACUUUAGUGACCCAGAGACAGGUUCAGUGCAUGCUCCCUCAGUAGCAGCAUCACGAGUGGAGCAGGCUCUGUCUGAAGCUUCCUCUUUGCAAAGCAGCACUCCUAAACAUGGACCCCUGCACCCGUGGAUGACCCUCGCUCAAAUCUGGCUACAUGCUGCGGAGGUGUAUAUUGGGAUGAUGAAGCCUGCAGAGGCGAUGGCGUGCACUCUGGAGGCGGCAAGUUUGUUCCCGACAUCCCAUAAUGUCCUGUUUAUGAAGGGUCAAGUGGCCGAGCUCAGAGGAAACCUGGAAGAUGCUAAACGCUGCUAUGAGGAGGCUCUGGCUAUAAGCCCCGCCCACAUCCGCAGCAUGCAGAGACUGGGAGUGAUCCUGUACCAGCUGCAGAGGUUCUCAUUAGCGGAGAAGGUUCUGUGUGAAGCAGUACAGCUGUGUUCCUCGUCACACUCGGGGUGGCACAGUCUGGCAGAGGUGCUGCAGGCGCAGGGAAACAUGGCAGCCGCCUCCGAGUGCUUUCUCACAGCACUGCAGCUCGAGGCCAGCAAUCCCAUCAUGCCUUUCACCAUCUUGCCCCGUGCACUCUGAUGUGCGCGCGCACACACACACACACACACACACACACAAACACACACACUGCUGUAUAGUGUUACUCCUCUCUGUUCCCUAAACCUCCUGAAUGUUCUGCAUUCAUGUGAAGUGCUGUUCUGUAUAAUCCUAACACACACACACACACACACACACACACACACGGUGAUGCAUGUGGAGGCGCUGUGUUCAUGAAUAUUCAUGUAUGUAAAUAUUAAAGAUGUAAUAAAUAGAGAAGCACGCGAGUCUGUAUGGGCCGAGAUUCACUGACCUGAUCAUAAUAAAGAGUUCUGAUAUA